AUGGCGGCAAGAAGGGUGUGUAGUGCGGUCCUGGCCAUUGGCCUGCUGCUGGCCGCCGCCGUCGCCGCAGUGCCGCCUCAUCUUCAGCUGGUGACUGACACUGACGGUGGUUUGUCGCUGGACUUCCACGCGGCGUCGUGCCCGCAGCUGGAGGGCAUCGUGCGCGCCGCCGUGCAGGCCGAGCGAGGCCAGGACGUCCAAGUCACGGCCGGCCUCCUCCGCAUCUUCUUCCAUGACUGCCUCCCCCAGGGGUGCGACGCUUCCAUCCUUCUGGACGGCGAGAAGUCCUUUGGUCCCAACGCUUCGCUACAGCCACGGGCGCUGCAGCUCAUCGAGAGCAUCCGCGCCAAGGUGCACGCCGUGUGCGGCGCCACCGUCUCCUGCGCCGACAUCAUCGCGCUCGCCACCCGCGACGCCGUCAGCCUGGCCGGAGGUCCGUCCAUCGCGAUGCCCCAGGGCCGCACCGACAGCCUCAGGCCGGCCACGAACGCCGAGGUAAACACCUCCCGUCGCCCUUCUCCGACGUGA